UCCAGACAUAGGCACGCGUGACUCAAGUAGCCUGCGCUAUAUCGGCCUAAUAUAGUUUUCUCAUACCCGCGUUCUAGGAUAAUUUAAAGUUGUUGGUUUUUUUACCCUUUGAUAAUAUGAAACAUAAGAGCUGGAUUUCCUCGAGGGCACCCAGCGUUCCCGAUGCUUUGCGAUGUAAAGAUCCGCGUUUCUGCAGUGUAAGGCAGCCAUGCCGGGAUGCAGUGCUGUCGGACAUCCAGGACUCCUGCAGCAGAAAUGGCACCGCUGAGCUGGAAAGAUGCACUGCUGUCAGCGUUAGACUACAAGACAGAGAAAUAUGUCAUCGCGAAGGAUAAGAAAGUUGGCCUACUGUACAGACUAAUCCAGCUGUUUCUAAUUGGCUAUAUUAUCGGAUGGGUGUUCCUAACGAAAAAAGGCUACCAAGAGACAGAAGAGUCUGUGGAGAGUUCUGUCAUCACCAAAGUAAAGGGAGUUGUCUUCACCAACACAACGGCGUCUGGUCCUCGGCUGUGGGGACCAGAAGACUAUGUCAUCCCACACCAAGGUGAAGGUGUCCUUUUCAUAACAACAAACUUUAUCGAAACACCAAACCAGAAAUUAGGAUACUGCGCUGAGAGCUUUAGGGUGCCUGAUGGCCGUUGUACGGAGAAUGGAGACUGUGCAGAGGGAAAGACAGUAGUGGCUGGCAAUGGAGUCAAGAGUGGACGCUGCUUGAGGAAGGAGCACAACUCCACUGGUACCUGUGAAAUAUAUGCCUGGUGCCCCAUCGAGAGGAGCCACCGGCCAUGUGUUCCUCUGUUAGGAAAAACUGAAAACUUCACAAUUUUCAUAAAGAACUUCAUCAGAUUUCCCAAGUUUGGCUUCUCAAAAUCAAACGUUUUGGAGACACCCAAGGACACGUACCUGAAAAGGUGUUCGUAUGAUGAGGUCACUGAUCCGUACUGCCCUAUAUUUCGCUUUGGUGACGUUGUCCGUAGAGCUGGACAUGAUUUCCAAGACAUGGCGCUGCUGGGCGGGUCGAUUGAGGUUCUGAUCGAAUGGUACUGUGACCUGGACAGAGGCUACUCCGCGUGUCACCCUCGCUACAGUUUCACACGGCUGGACAGCAGUGCAGCGGCCAACGUGGUCUCAGCAGGGUACAACUUCAGAUACGCCCACUAUUUCAAAAGCGCUAGCGGACAGGUCCAUAGAACCCUUUAUAAGGUGUACGGGAUUCGUCUAGACAUCUUGGUUUAUGGCAAGGCCGGAAAGUUCAAUAUAAUUCCUACAGUUAUUAACUUGGGCUCAGGAUUUGCACUAAUGGGGGCUGGGGCAUUUUUCUGUGACGUGGUACUUUUAUAUAUGAUGAAGAAGAGUACCCUGUACAGACAGAGGAAGUUUGAAACAGCAAACAGCUCUCUUCGCAGGCAUGAGAAGGUCAACAGAGAGGGUAUCAACGUAUCAUGGGAGACCCCGCAACAUCCAUCGGAGCUGGAUCAGCUCCCACAGCCAACACCUGAUCAGCCCGCAGCAGAAAAUCCCAGGUCUCCCUCGGCAACAGGAAAAGCCAUGUGACUGACAAAAAAAAAUGGAUUAUUUGGAAGAGGUGUUGUCAUGAGGGACUAUUAGUGUAAUACCACGACUGUGCACAAUGUCCACUGACCAGUUGAUCGCUGGUUGUUAGUCAUGCAAAUACUGUGUUUACUUAAGAGCAAUAAAACCUUUAAUUGAAUGA